AUGAUUUCUACCAUAAUCAACAAUAUCUACACCGAUACGGACUCUAAAAUACCCACAAAAUACCACGAAUUCAACAACAAGGUACAAGACCAGCUGAUGAACCUGGCGCUGGUGGCGGGCCCGCAGGAGCAGCUCGAGGCGGCGCGCUACUUUGUCUCCUGCGACCGUCCCCAGGUCGCCCGGGCCGUCACGCUCUACCACCGCGCCGGACUAGUGGCUAAGGCGCUGGACUUGGCGUUCAAGAGCGGCCAGGUGUCCGUGGUGGCGCAGAUCGCCGAGGACCUGGACGAGGGCGCCGACCCCGCGCUGGUGACCAAAUGUGCGGAGUACUUCCUGAGCAACAGGCAGUACGACAAGGCUGUACAGCUGCUCAUUACUGGCAAGCAGGACGAGGCUGAGAAGCUGUACCGCAGCUGUGGCCGGCACGACCUGCUCAACAAGCUCUUCCAGGACGCCGGCCUCUGGACCAAAGCGCUGCAUGUGGCCGCCACCAGCGACCGCAUCCAUCUGCGCACCACGCACUACAACUACGCCAGGCACCUCGAGAGCAAAGGCGAGUUCAGCGGCGCGGUGAGUAACUACGAGAAGUCGGACACUCAUCGCUUCGAGGUGCCCCGCAUGUUGUUCGACGAGCUGCCCUCGCUCGAGGAGUACAUCAUGCACUCCCAGGACAAGGCGGCAUGCUACCACCUCGCGCGUCAGUACGAGAACGUCAACCAAGUGAAGGAAGCAAUUCAUUUCUUCACGCGCGCUCAUGCGUACGGCAACGCCAUACGCAUAUGUCGGGAGAACGCGUACGACGACCAGCUGAUGAACCUGGCGCUGGUGGCGGGCCCGCAGGAGCAGCUCGAGGCCGCGCGCUACUUCGUCUCCUGCGACCGCCCGCAGGUCGCCCGGGCCGUCACGCUCUACCACCGCGCCGGACUAGUGGCUAAGUACGAAGCCGCCCUUGAGCUGUGCGUGGAGCACGGCGUGUGGGUGACGGAGGAGCUCGCUGAGCGCUUCACGCUGCCCCGGGACGAGGGCGCCCGUAACGCCAUCCUGGAGAAGGUGGCGCAGUGUGCCUACCUGCAGGAGAACUACAAGCUUGCCACCAAGAAGUUCACGCAGGCGGGCAAUAAGUCGAUUGAGUCGUGUGAGCAGGUGGAGAUAGACGAGUACCAGCAGUAUGAGAAGGCUGGUGCAGCGCUCAUGGAGGCGCACAAAACUCUUGUCAAUGCAGUGAAUCAAGGCAACGCUGAGGCACGCGACAAAAUGAACGCUGUGCAGCAGAAACUCGAGAAGGUGCGACACUUCAUUCAACUUAGAAGUUUACUUGAGGGCGACGCGGACUCGGCAAUACAAGGCCUGUAUGAAUUACUCGAGGACGCGGACAUUGAGUUAGCGGUGAGGCGAGGCGACAUCUUCGCAGCCAUCGUAGAGCACUACGCCGCCAAGAAGAACUUCAAGAGCGCCCUAGGAACGCUGCAGGAGAUGAAGAACAGACUUCCCAAGGUGAACCCGUCGUAUUUCGUCUCGGACGAAGCACUGCGGGCCAUCGCAGCGGCGACAGGCGCGAGCUUCUCGCCUGCCGCGCGCAGGGGCGAGAGAGGCGAGGUCGCCACAGACGACGACGAUGAAGACGAGGAGGUUGUGGAGGAGGAGGAGGACGAAGAAGAAAAACCUACUUUCAAAAAUCGCUUUAUGAAUGGCACUGCUAAAUUUCUCUAGUAAACGCAUCCGCAUUUAUUUAAUGAGAUAACAUCACAAGAUGAAUUUUAUCGUGAAAAUUGUAAAAAUAGUUACACUUUUUUGUUAUUUGUAAUCCACGUUGUUCUAGUCAGUAUCAGUAAUGAUGCAAGUCACUUCAGUUCCUACUUUUUUGCUGCGUCGUAUUAGACGCUUUAUUGAAGAUGUCUCUAAUAUUAAUA